AUGACACUAUCAUUUGUGGCGAAUGAGUCAGCAGAAGAUGAGCACCCGUUCAAGGUGUUUCGUGUUGUUCCCACCACCGCAGCUCAGCUGAAGAGGAUGAUUGCUCUAUUUGAAACCGCGAAAACCGACGAACUCGACUUUUGGCAUGCACCCAGUGUUGUGAACAAUACUGUUGAUAUAAUGGUGUCGCCGUCUUUCACUGACAAAUUUGUUAAUUUCUUGGAGACUCAUAAUUACCCUUUCCACAUCGCUAUCGAGGAUCUGAAGAAGAAAAAGGCGUUGACGAGCAUGAUCUCGUCCGAGCGCACGAUGACACCGGUACAUUCAAUGGGCGAAUAUUACUCCUAUUCCACCAUCGUCUCGUGGAUGAAGAGGAUCGCUGACCGUAUGCCAGACAUUGCAAACGUGAUCGACAUCGGUACCAGUACAGAGGGAAGAAACAUACUAGGAUUGCAGGUGAUGAAAACGCUGAUCAUGUUGGAUUUCGACUUCCAGAAACAGGAACUUACCUAG